AUGCGAACUGCGCACGGUAUUACCAUCGAGGAGGAAGAACGACCAGCCAAGAAGGCGCUGCAGCAGUCCCUGGAAGUGGCAUUUAUGCACGCAGAGCAGAAGAGCCGGGAGAUUGCGACUCGCAGCGAAGAAUCGAUACUAAGGAAUACGAUCCAGCUGGAUGCAUUCUACGAGGCACAGAUCCAACUGAUUACGCGGCGCCGCCUGCCACUGAAUUGUGUCUCUGGGCCAGAGUACCAAGCACUACUCUGCGCUGUCAAUCCGAAAGCCGAAGAAGUCCUUGUCCAAUCUGGCACCACUGUAUUUGCUCAUAUAGAGAGGUCAUAUCUCCUGCACCGCGAGGCCAUCAAGUCUCAGUUGCAGGCAGCCAAGUCGAAAAUCCACUUUAGCAUUGAUCUAUGGUCGUCGCCGCAUCGGAAGGCCUUUCUCGGAAUCUGUGGCCAAUGGGUCGAUGAACACUAUAACCUCCGCGAAGCACUUUUAGGCCUGCCGAACGUAAGGCACAGCCACUCGGGCGAGACGAUGUCUGGACACCUGCUGGACACAAUACGAUACUUUGGUAUUGCAGAUAACGUUGGCUACUUUACCAUAAGCAUUUUCUCUAUACCAGCGAUGUCGGCGGAGGCCGAGAGAGUGUUCAGUGGGGCAAGGCGUACUGUUUCCUAG